GUCUCUCGGUUAUUGAAUGGAGCCAGUGACCUGUCAGUCUUGACUGAUGGGACCCCGUGUGUGGGAAAAUCCCACAGCCAAAGAGUUGGAGCAUUCACAUGCUAAUUGCGCCUGAUAAAUAAGAGGGCCGUGCCGCGCCGAGGGCCCUAGAGACGCGCUCGGAGACUCAGAGUAGAGGAGGCACAAGCGCACAGACACCCGAGGAGAAAAAAACAUGACUGCUUCAUCCAUGGCGCACAACGUGGGGAAACAUCCCAGUGCCAAGGAGGAGAGAAAGCUGAGGAAGCCGCUCAUUGAGAGGAAACGGCGAGAGAGGAUUAACAAUUGUUUGGAUCAGCUGAAGGAAACCGUGAUCGGGGCGUUCAGACUUGAUCAAUCCAAACUGGAAAAAGCCGAUAUUCUAGAGAUGACAGUGAAGCAUCUGCAAAACAUCCAGGGUAGUAAACUCAACGACCCCACAUUAGGCCUGGAGGCCCAGCAGAAGUACAGCACAGGGUACAUCCAGUGCAUGCACGAAGUCCACAACAUGCUCCUCACCUGCGAGUGGAUGGACAAAACUCUGGGCUCCCGCCUGCUCAACCACCUCCUCAAGUCCCUGCCCAGGUCCACCGAGGAGUGCCCCCUCCAGGCCUCACCCAAGCGUGACGCCCCUCUUCUUGCAGCCGGUCCGGGCACACCCCUCAGAGGGGACCCCCUCUCUGGGAGGCAUCUCCAGAGAGAAGGGCCCACCUGCCAUGUGGCUGGACGCCAAGAGAGGCCCCACAGCUCCCACCUGGGGCUGCUGGAGAUGUGGAGGCCCUGGUGAACUGGUGGAUCCUGGUUGUCCAUCUUGUUAGACCAUCCUCUGUUAUGUAUCUUAUAGAUAUGCUGCUCAGAAGACAAACGUGGGGCAGUUUUGUUCCAGUGAUUAUUAUUGUAGGUGUGCUAUAAUGAUUCUAUACAGACCUUUUCUCAGUACUUCCCUUCAGAAGUCGACUUCUCGUAGCCUGCAUUAUAGAAGGCUCUUAUUAAUCUUUCAUGUAUUUAUUGUAUUAACAGCUUUAUUUAUUUUAUAUUAUAAGGCAUGACUUGGCUUCUUAGACCACUUGCUUGGCAUUGCAUAGAUUUUUAUGUCUUCCUCUUUUGCUGUAUAAUUAACCCAGCCAUUAUUAAUAAUAAAACUGAUUUUACAC